GCGGCUCAUGACGGUCUGCCAAGAGGGCUCACCGCCCCACGCGUACGUGGGACUGGCCCAGCGCUAUUGAAUUUCAAGGGUCCGAACAACUGUGUGUUGUGUCCAGAACCAUUGCAACCUCACCGUGUCCUCUUCUCUACUUGCCGCCGAUUCUCUCCCACCGCUAAAUAACCACCAAGAACCCUUGCACAUCGUCGAAAUGAGCCUCCAGCCACCGUCGCUCGCGAGCAGGCCCAAGGGGGGCGCCGCGAAGACCACCAAAGCUGUCAUUUUGGUCGGAGGACCUUCGCGCGGCACCAGGUUUAGGCCGCUGUCCAUGGAACUGCCCAAGCCCCUCUUCCCCGUCGCCGGCCAUCCCAUCAUCGAGCACUGCUUCCGCGCCAUUGCAAACGUCCCCGAGGUCAAGGAGGUCUUCAUCGUCGGCUACUACGAAGAGACGGUCUUCCAGCCCUUCAUCAACGAAAUCUCCAACAGCUUUCCACAGCUCACCGUCAAGUACCUACGAGAAUACCAGGCAUUGGGCACCGCAGGUGGUCUUUACCACUUCCGCGAUGUGAUCCUAAAGGGCAAGCCAGACAGGUUCUUCGUCUUGAACGCUGAUGUCUGCUCUUCAUUCCCGCUCAACGACAUGCUUGAGCUGUUCGAGGCCAAGGACGCUGAGGCCGUCAUGCUGGGUACCAGAGUCGCGAGCGAAUCUGCCACCAAUUUCGGUUGCAUCGUUUCCGACUCCCACACCAAGCGUGUUCUCCACUACGUCGAGAAGCCCGAGGGUCAGAUCUCUAACCUGAUCAACUGCGGUGUCUACCUCUUCGCGACCGAGUGCAUCUUCCCCGCCAUUCGCAGCGCCAUUAAGCGUCGUACCGAGCGUCCUCGCCUCCUCUCAUACCCCUCCUCCGAGAACCUCGAGUCAUCCUACUACCAGGGUCAGGAAGACGACGACGAGGACAAGGAGAACACCGUCGUCCGGCUAGAGCAGGACGUGCUGUCCGACAUCGCAGACAGCAGGCAGUUCUUCGUCCUCGAGACCAAAGACUUCUGGCGCCAGAUCAAGACCGCUGGCUCCGCUGUCCCAGCCAACGCCCUCUAUCUCACCAAGGCGUUCCAGAUGGGCUCGGAAGAGCUCGCCAAGCCCUCCGCCAACAUCCUCCCUCCCGUCUACAUCCACCCCUCUGCGAAGGUCGACCCUACGGCCAAGAUCGGCCCCAACGUCUCCAUUGGUGCCCGCUCCAUCAUCGGCGCCGGUGUGCGUGUCAAGGAGACGAUCGUGCUCGACGACUCUGAGAUCAAGCACGACGCUUGCGUCAUGUACUCCAUCGUGGGAUGGCACAGCAAGAUCGGUGCCUGGGCACGUGUUGAGGGAACACCUACACCCAUUACGAGCCACAGCACGAGCAUUGUCAAGAACGGUGUCAAGGUGCAGAGCAUCACGAUCCUGGGUAAGGAGUGCGGUGUGGGUGAUGAGGUGCGCGUGCAGAACUGCGUGUGCUUGCCCAACAAGGAGCUGAAGAGGGAUGUCUCGAACGAGGUCAUUAUGUGAGGAAGUUUCAGGAUUGCAUGAUACCACGACACCUUUGGCCUGCAUGGACGUUUGACAUAUAGUUAGGAACAUAUGCUUCCGCGAUCAAUUCCAAGGAACCUAACAGCAUCUAUAGUGAGUAGAGUUUUGGCUAGAAUCCAGCAGAAAAUCUUCACGAUAGCAUUAAGUGAACC